AUGAAUUUAAUUUAUACUAUCAUUUUGACAAUAAUAAUAUUGGUUUUAAUAAUAUCAAUUAAAGAUUUAUUUUUUGAAGAUAAAAUUAAAAAAAUUAACAAAUCAAUACCCAGUCCUCCAACAAUUCCCAUUUUUGGAAAUUUACUACAAAUAAAUUCAAAAGAUGUUGCAACUUGUUUUAAUGAUUUUUAUAAGCAAUAUGGAAAAGUUUAUAGACUUAGAUUAGGUAGUGUUGAAACUGUAGUUCUAACUGGUGGAGAUAUUAUUGAUGAAUGUUUUAAUAAAAAAUAUAGAGAUUUUUUAAAAGCAAGAUAUGUUAAAUUUUCAAGAUAUUUAGGAAAAGAUACUAAUAUUUUACAUUCAAAUGGUGAUUAUCAUUUUCUUUUGAAAGGAGUUUUAUCAAGUCAAGUUACUGUUAGAAAAUUAAAUAAUGGAAGAUUGGAAUUUAAUAAAUAUAUAUUGCAAAUGUUUAAUAAUUUAAAUAAUAAUGAUGAGGGGUCAACAAUGUUUCUUGCUAAUGAUGUUCCAUCUCAAAUUAAAAAACUUAUUUUAAAAGUUGUUUUAAAUUUCACAUUAGGUAUUGAAGAAAAUGAUGAUAUAAAUUUAUCACUUUUUCAAAAUGGUUCUAAUAUUUUUAAAGCUGCUGGUCUUUUUAUUUACUCCGACUAUUUACCAUUUCUAUUCCCACUAGAUAUAAAGUCAAUGGCUAAAUCUAACAUGAUUUCAAGUUAUGUGUUUGUAAGAGAUUAUUUAGCAAAGAAAUUAGAAGAAGUUAAGAAAAAAGAAUAUAUAAUUAAUGGUGAUGAUGAUGGUGGUGUUGAUACUUCCCAAACACCACUAAUCGAGAGCUAUUAUAAACUUUAUUUACAAGGUUUAAUCGGAUAUGAUUCUAUUUUAUUAUCAAUUGUUGAUAUAAUUAUUGCAUCAGUUGAUACAACAUCAAAUUCAAUUUCUUUUAUUAUAGCUAGAUUAACUAAUCAUCAGGAAAUUCAAUCUAAAAUUUAUGAAGAAAUUAUGAGUAAUGAUAUUAAUAAUAAUUCAAAUAAUAUUUCAUUUUCUGAUCAUUCCAAAUAUCCAUAUAUAAUUUCAAUAAUGAAUGAAACAUAUAGAUACUAUGCAUCAGUUCCUUUACCUGAACCAAAUAUGACUACUGAAGAUAUUGAAGUGGAUGGAUAUAAAAUUGCAAAAGGUACACAAAUUUACAAAAAUAUAAGAGGUACACUUAUAUCAAAAGAGUUUUGGGGUGAAGAUGCAUUAGAAUUUAAACCAGAAAGGUUUAAAACUCAAACUUUAAAUCAAAAAGGACUUCUUCAUUUUGGUGCUGGACCAAGAGGUUGUCCAGGUGCCAGGUUUACUGAAUGUUUUUUUUUUACAUUAAUGGUUUUAUUAUUUAAGAAUUAUAAAUUACAAAAUCCAAAUGAUAAUCCAAUUGAUGAUAGAGGAGAUGUUGGUUUAUCAAUGCAAUGUAAACCAUAUGAUGCAUUAUUUAUAAAACGAAAUUAA